AAUUUUUGCCAUUCGUAUUUUGUGUUUAGCUUUUAGCAUUUGGCGUCGCCGUAUGCCGUUGAGCAUUGUUUUGCGCUUUAUGCUUUCUUGUUAAUUCACUACUUGCAUGCAUCGACCAAAUUUCAGCAUUGGAAUUGGUGGACUCAAUCAUUUCGUGCAUUCACUUCAACGCGUUCGGAAGGGUGGUGGUGCACUUGUCAAGUCGAAAUUAAACAAGUUUUUUGCUGAGCAGCUGUUCGCUUUGACGUUGUGACGGCACAUACCGACAUACGAGUCUACCCAAAGGGGGCAGCAUACCUUCACUAGGUGAUGAACGUGGAGUGGUGAUAUUUGGAAAUUUGCGCAUUGCUAAUUAUUUUUUUUGAUCAAAAUGAAAUAUUUCGGUGGAGUUGAAGGUGGUGCCACACACUCACGUCUGGUGAUCUGCGAUGACACGGGCAAAUCGCUUGCGCUAACCUCUGGUCUCGGCACGAACCAUUGGAUGGUCGGUAUACCGGAAGUAGCGCGCCGUAUAGCCGAUAUGGUGGAGCGCGCCAAAGAAGAAGCUGGCAUUGCGCCCGAGGUGCGUCUAACCAGUUUGGGAUUGAGCCUCAGCGGCUGCGAACAGGAGGCCACAAAUGAAGAUCUUAAGAAGGAGAUGUUCAAAUCCUUUCCUGAUCUUGCGCAGAGUUACGUCGUCUGUAGCGACACCAUGGGCAGUGUCUUCACCGCUUCACCGAUUGGUGGCAUGGUGGUGAUUAGCGGUACCGGUUCCAAUGCUCUCUUACGUAAUCCUGAUGGCAGCACAUACACUUGCGGUGGUUGGGGGCAUUUUAUGGGCGAUGAGGGCAGUGCCUUCUACAUCGCACAUCGAGCUAUGAAAAUUGUUUUCGACGACAUGGACAAUUUGCGUAGAUCACCUUAUCCCAUCGACCGCCUCUGGGAGGUUAUCAAGCAGCACUUCAAUGUCGACACACGCUUCGACCUACUGCCACACUGUUACGCCAACUUCGAUAAGCCGUUCUUUGCGAGCCUCUGUAAGAAGAUCGCACACGCUGCCGAUCAAGAUGACGAGCUCGCCAAAUGCAUAUUCAACGAUUCCGGCGCGUGUGUAGCGCGCAGCAUAGCAGCGCUGGCGCCCAAAGUGCAAGAUGAACUGGUCAAAACCGGCGACCUGAGCGUGGUGUGUGUGGGCUCCGUGUGGCAUAGUUGGCAUUUGCUGAAGCAAGGCUUCGAGCGCGAAAUGUGCAAGCAUGAUGUGCCGUUCAAUCUGAAAUUGGUCACCAUAACGAAGAGUAUGGCAUAUGGUGCUUGCUAUCUGGCCGCGGAUGCCAUCAACCAUCGACUGCCGCGCAACUAUCUGGACAACUUCGAUGUCAUGUAUCACUAUCGCACGAAAGAGAAGGCAACAAAUGGUCACACUAAUGGUAAUGGUCAGGCAGUACCAUCGACGGAUUGUAUUUGUCCCAAGUAAAAAUAAUAAAAAAGCAAAAACAGUAGUAUCAAUGCUAUAAGUUAAGAGAAUAACAAUAAUAAAUAUUUGUUGAGUCGUGCCGAAUUCCAUAGGUUAGUACAUACAUAUACAUACAUACAUACAUAUAUAAUGUAUAGACAGUUACAAAAUUUACCACUUGUAGUUGUAGUAGUCUUAGUUAAAUAAAUACAGAAAUAUACUAUAAAUAGCAAAUCCA